UUACCCGUUUUGCAUUUCUCGAGGCACACCUUUUUUUAGCCCGUCUGAUUUCCUAUAUUUUUCGUCUCUUUUUUCCUCUCGCUCACACACCUCUUUCCUUCCUCGUUUUUACAGAUCGACACACCAGGUCAUGCUGCCCAUCGUCCUCGUCACUUUAUACUACUACUAGACUAUAUUAGCCACUUCCUUUAUUUCUCGCGAGUCCUGUUCGCUUUCUUUCUUUACCCCUUCUUCCUGACCCCGCUUUUUAUUAGUAUUGUACAUUAUUAUAUUACUGCAGUUUCGUAUAUUCUUUUUUUAACUCCACGCACGCAUACACAUCAGAGCUAUGGCUUGGCAUUCCACCGCAACACCAACCAUAAGUACUGCUGCCAUAACCACCAAAACGACCUUUAUAUUUUAUUUACUAUACUACUUGAUAUCAGCACCACCAAGCUCACUGGUGAAUGGCCAGCUCGAGUCGGACGGCUGUCUCAAACUCACCUCAUCCGAGGCAUGUCCCGCAUUCAGCCAAUACUACGUCGGUCUCAGCGAUGACUUGAAAUCAGCCUAUUCAUUCUUGACCAACGUCAACGACGUGGCAUCAUUCGACGAUGCUUUGUAUAACCAUGUUGGCUCGUCUUCUUUCUUGCAGCAAUUCGGUUGCAGUAAAAACAACAAUACCCAAAAUAACGACGACGACGAAACUACUUACUACCCACGCUAUUCCCUCAGUCGGUUAUGUGCCAGUUUUGUGCACGAUGCCACUGGUUCCUUAUCCUGCAAUUACGGCCGAGGUAUUACACCCGAACCUCUGUGUCAGUCUACCUGCAACGACUGGGUCGACAGUUUGGAAAAUAUCACUACCACGAGUGGUAGCAGCAGUAGCUCGGAUGCAUCAUCAUUUACUUGUCCCAGCUCUAUUUACGGAUCAUUUACACUCGAGUGCUCAUCAUGGCCUGCGUACACUGGUACCAACGGAAGCUGCGUCCUUGGCUCGGAAAACGAACCAGAUAACUGUGGUAAAUAUCAGUCCUUCACACAUAUUGUGUUGUGUGUCGUGUACAUUUUUUGAUCUUGGUGAGACAAGCGGGGAGUUUGGAUAGUAGUAGUAAUAGUAAUUUUUCGAUUUAAAUAAGGAUUCUAUGACAACCAAACGCA